AAACAACUUACUGUCUGAAAACAAUGGCCUCGAUCGAGAAGCCAGAGACAGUGAAAAGCUGUUCGGAAGAAUUGCCGGAUCAUACUGUUGAAAAUAAUGAACUCAAUUAUAUGUUUCCUUCGUCAGAAGUUGGUAUUCCUCUGACCAAGCUUCAAUGGGCGUUGACUUUUGUUGGUCUGAGUCUUUCCUUGUUUUUGGCAGCGGUCGAUACAACGAUCGUCUCUACGGCGAUUCCGAAAAUCGGAUCGGAUUUCCAUGCGUUAGAAAAAGGAUCGUGGAUCGUCACAGCAUACAUCUUGUCGUUUGACUCACUUCAGCCCAUGUACGGAAAACUGAGCGAUAUCUUUGGUCGCAAGAAUGUCUUAUUGCCGGCUGUUUUCAUCUUUCUGUUGGGAUCAGUUUUAUGUGGCGUGAGCACCAAUAUGGUGAUGAUCAUUGUUAUGAGAGCAAUACAAGGAGUUGGAGGAGCUGGUAUCUUCAGCGUUGUAUUCAUCACGGUUGCAGAUAUGAUCCCGCUACGAGCUAGAGGUCAAUACUCAGCUUUGAUUAGCACCGUCUUUGCAGUAGCAUCGGUCUGCGGUCCAUUAAUAGGGGUAUGUCAAUACGGAUAUGGCAGCACGCAAUUGCUGGAGACUAACAAUGCAUUUAUGAUAAUCACCAGCGCUUUUACGGAUCAAGUCAGUUGGAAAUGGGCUUUCUUCAUCAAUCUGCCUGUAGGCGGAGUAGGCACUAUACUGCUGAUAUUCUUUAUGAAAGAGAAGAGAAAGCGUGCACCGGUUCGAGCCUUGUUGAAGCGAGUGGAUUAUCUCGGUACCGUAAGCAUUCUGGCAUUUGCAACUCUUACUUUAGUAGCGCUGAACUUGGGAGGUGUACAAUAUGCAUGGAACUCGGCUCCAGUCCUAGUGUGUUUAAUCCUUGGUAUCUCGUUCCUUGGAGUCUUGGUUGUAGUAGAAUGGAAAUUUGCGAAAGAGCCUAUGAUGCCUAUAUACCUCUUCAAAAAACGCACUGUCACUUGUAUUAGCAUCGCGAAUCUCUUCUUUGGUGCCGCCAUCGCCAUAUUAAUCAUUGAAAUGCCUCUAUUUCUACAGGCUGCUAGGGGCGACUCUGCUACCAUGUCUGGAGUUCGAAUCAUCGUUGGUCAAGCUUCCAUUUGUAUAGUAUCUACGGUCUCUGGAUAUCUAAUGGGCCGAUUCAACUCUUAUAAAUAUUUUCUCAUCGUUGGUAGUGCACUUGCUACCCUGGGAUUUGGACUGUGCGCUUUGUUCAAUGACACUUCGCCUUUUGGCUAUCUAUAUGGAUUCAUCAUCAUUGCCGGAGCAGGAUCCGGGAUGAUCUAUGCGUGCAGUAGUGUCGCAGCUCAAUCUGCAUGCGAAAAAAAGGAUCUAGCGGUUGUUACUGUUCUGGUUACAUUUUUCAUGAACCUUGGAACGGCUGUUGGCGUUGCUGUCGCAUCUGCAGUUUUAAACAACGGGCUACAGAGCUGUCUACUUCAAUCCGUGUCACCGGACUUGGUUACCGCCAUAUUGCAGAGCACUACGUUCAUUCGCUCUGGAGCCUUAACUCCUGAACAAGUAGACAUCACUAUCAAGUGCUAUAAUUCCAGCUUCAAAUCCAUAUGGCUGACAGCGUUGGCAUUCUCUAGCAUAGCGUUUAUAAGCACUCUGUUCAUCCAGGAACAUUCACUUCUCGGCCAACAAACAAGCGAAGAUAAUGAUGUCAAAGAGCACAAUAUAGUAGAGGACAUUGAAAAGCAAAAAACGGAUCAUCAAGAGAUUGAACAUAUUGAAGUCGAGGAUGAUAAAACCACCAUUGAGAAGGUGGCAUAGCCACUCAUAGCGUUGCAUCGAAAGCAUUAUCUAUUUUAGCGAAA